AGUACACAAAUGAAACGAUCAAGAUCACGUUGACGUACAGUAUGAAAAAGUGACUCGGGGUCCCAUAUAACACCUAAGACUCCCCCAUCCAUUCUCCUCGACUAAGCUAGUAAGCUCAGCCGCCAUUGCCUUCCGAGAGAGCCGUUGUGAAAGUGGAAUGGCGAACGACACCGAAACGGCGCAGGUUAGCCUCGACCCUGAGCCUGCGCAUGUUAUCUCCGCCACAGUGGAAUGCCAAGACAGCACCGGCGAUGACAUUGCGCGGGCUCUCCACGACGUCCUACAAGGCUUGCCUUCACACGUCGUGAAGGACUUGGUGUCCAUCGGGGUAUGCUGCCGAUGCAUAUUUCGGCUGUUUGGGACCCGAGAUAAUAUUUAUUCUUGCUCCUCGCACUCACCGUCGAUAUUGAGUUCAGUUCUUAAAGAACAUGAAGACUCGAGCAGAAGGCCCACUUCUGAGGAAUUGGAAGUCGAGGCAGUGCUUUGCACCCUUUGUUUAGGUAUUUUGCAGUUCACGUAUUGUGAUGACAAAGAAAUGGUGGUGAAAAAAAGCGCUAAUGAUAUGGCUGUUGCGGUUUCUGAGCUGGUAAAGCGAGAGGGCUAUCAGAUUGAUAGCUUCUCCCUUGAAGUGUCCAUACCUCCACUUAUCCUUGAAAACGAACACUUGUUUUGGUUGUACAUGAAAAGCAAGUAUGGGUCUGAACUUUGGUUCCAAGGGAGGUCACUUUCUCAAUGUAUAUCUGCAAAGGAUGCCUUGAAAUUCUACUUGACACAACCCCUUGAAGCAUUGCUGGAUUGUAAAUCAGGUAUGAGCGCUUUCCGGAUCCGUUUGACAUACACUCACUCUAAAGCAUCAAAAAUGGUUCAGAGUGUUGCAGUGAGCACACAGGGUUGCAAGAGAAAAAAUACAGGCACCGGAAACAGUGCAGACUCUAUUGAUGAUUGUGUAGUUGGGGACAUUGAAUGCUCUGGUUUAGCUGAUGUGACCAUUGAAAGGUCUUUCGAUGGUUUGCAAGAUAAUGGGUCUUCUCAGUGCUUUAAAUUUCCACAAGAGAAGGUCAAUGAGGCCUGCCACUUGGUGCUUCUAUGCCACAGAACACCUAUCUACUUUGGUGGGAGAUACAUGAAGUACUCGAGAAAUGUGAGUCAAACACGAUGGAUCAUUGAUGAUGAAAGAAUGGGAGAAGCAUCUGUUGAGGAGAUAAUAGGUAGCAACAUCCUUCCUAUGUGUAAAGGUGACAAUCAUAAGUUUCAUGCUGCUGGAAGAGAGGAUAUCGAUGUUCGAAUGUUGGGUUCAGGUAGGCCUUUCCUCGUUGAGAUACAAAAUGCCCGCCAUAUACCAUCCGAUGCACUUGUCAAAGAAAUAGAAAUAAAGAUAAAUGACUUGGAAAAUAAAUUGGUUGGGGUAAAAAAUUUGAAAGUUGUAGGCUAUGAAGGGUGGACCCUGAUACAUGAAGGAGAAGCAGAGAAGCAGAAGCAAUAUGCUGCACUAGUGUGGAUAUCGCGCCCACUCGAGGAUGAAGACUUGGAGUCUAUAUCCUCACUCAAGGACACGAAAAUUUUGCAGAGGACCCCAAUAAGGGUGCUUCAUCGUCGAAGUCCAUUAGAACGUGAAAAGAUAAUACAUUGGAUGAAAAUUGAGAGCAUUGGUGGAAGUUCUCAAUAUUUUCUUUUGCAUCUAUGCACCCAGGCUGGAACAUAUAUCAAGGAGUUUGUCCAUGGGGAUCUUGGGCGUACACAUCCUAGCGUUGGAUCCAUCCUAGGUUGCAGAGCAGAGAUAGUUCAACUUGAUGUUACAGAUGUGAAAAUGGACUGUUUUCAGACACAAUGAGUUAAGAGAGUUUCUGCUACAAAUAGCUUUUUGCAACUGAUCAAAAGAGAGAUGUCUCCACGAAUUUGCCAAGCAUGCACACUUCCCACAUCCUCUGGUGUUUCAGAUUAGGACAAGCCCCGGAUGAGUAUCGUUUUGAGUUGCAGAAUAGAAUGAAUAGUUAUUUCAAUUGAUUGCCUCGGACAGCCGAGGAGAGUCGCACAUAUUCUUUUUGCAUAUGAAUUGUUAAAAAUAAUUCCCAACAAUCGUAGUAUAAAAUGCCAAAAAAGACAACCAUGAUUUCCUUUA